GUCGGUAAGCACGUGCCUCGCAGUCGCAGCCGAUUCGGUUCCGGUCCCAAAUUUCCCCCUCUGGACAGAUGCCAACCGGAUGCUCAAACCCUAAACCCUACCGACCUUCGAAAUCACGCCGCAAUGGCGGCGGCGGAGAACGACUCCUCGCAGGAACCCCCACCGCUCGCCUCCGGCAGCGGCGGCGGCGGCCCCAAUCCGUGCUGCGCGAAGCUGUGGAAGAAAUGCCAGAAGAAUGAGACGGCCCGAGCAGCGCUGCGCGACGGGAUUAAGGUGCUGAACAGCGAGAUCGCCAGGCUGGAGAAUGAGAAAUCCGCUCUCAGCGAUGUGUGCAAGGAGGAGCGUCUCCGAGCUGAUUCAGCAGAAGCAGCUAGGGAAACCGAGUCUGAUGCCAGAGAUGCACUAGAGAAGGAGAUAAUUGAACUGAAAGCACAGAACUCAGCCCUGCAGCAAAAGCAAAAUAUUAGCAGAAAUGAUGAUGAGCUUUUACGCAUCUCUGAGUUGGAGGAAGAAAAUAGACAGCUCAAACAGGUUUUAGGAGAAGAAAGGACGAAAAUUGAUUCUGUGAAGAAAAAAGUCGACGAAGAAAGGAGCAAGGCUCUAGAAAUGCAAAAACUACUGAAGUCUGAAGCACAUAAGCAUGAAGAGUAUAAAAGGCUUGCUGAUACAGAAAGGAAAGUAGCCCAUGAUUGGAAGGCGUCGUUAGAAAAAUUGAGGAUUGAAGCAAAUGGAACAAAAGCUCAGUUGGCCACUCAGAUUCAGAAAACAGGGGAAGCACAUAAAAUGGCUGAAGCAGAGAGGCAAAAGGCUGCCAGAGAAAAGAAAUGUGCUGAUUCAGAAAAAAUGUUAGCAGAGAAGAACAAAAGGCAAAUUGAAGUUGAGAGAAAAAAAGUGAUGGAAGAGAAGAGCCGUGCUGAUAAUCUGUUUGCUAAGUUAGAGGAUCAAACGAAGCUGAAUGAUAACUUACGAGUUAGCAUUGAGGCUGAAAAAGAAAAGCUAAUGUGUGAGAAGAACCGUGCAGACCACCUGUUACAGAAGUUUGAAGAGGAGAGAAAACGGAGUGAAUAUUUACAAAGGAAGUGCGAUUCUUUUUCUUCUUCUAGGGAUAUGAUUUCUGUUGUCAACCAUGGAAUACAGCAAGCUGAUGUUGCUAAUGAAAGGGCAAACAUCAAACUCCUUAAAGAGAAGUUGAAGCGGAAGAAAGAGCAAUUACAGCAUGUGAAAAAGGUAUUGGAGUUGGAUAAAGCACUAAUGAGAAGAGAGCUUCAGCUCCUAAAACAGGAAUGGAUGCAGCCUCUUAGCCGGUUUAACAUGCUUGAUGACUAUCUUGCUGAUGGUGCCAAAGGUAUUGAUGUAUUGAAAAAGUCGAAGCGACAACAGGAAUUGCAUGACUUUGAACAGAAUCUUCUUCCUCAUAAUCCAGUUGCUGGCCCAUAUUUCGGGAUUCAAGCUGGUGGGAUGAUUCCUUUCACUUCUACCCCAAGAGAAUAUGCUUCAUAUCAGUUACCUAGAGAAAGCUGCACAAGACCAAUAUCAGGUACUAGUUCUGAAUUAGAGCCUCCUAUUGGUAGUGCUCUCAGAAUGAAGUCAAAAAAUCACCCCAGAUCUUCAUGUCCCACAUCCAUAUCUGAUAAAAAGUUCAUGGGCUCACAGGGUAAGGAAAGCCUACUUGUUUCAUCAACAGGUAUCAGAACGAACCAGAGCUCAGUAGUUCCAGAGUUACCCCCUAAAGAUUUCAAUGGUGCAAGGAAGCAAGAUGUAGUGUUGCUUGACAGUUCUGGUAAUUCCUCCCAACAGAACGCAUCAAAGCCAUCCCUGCCUGGUGGUACAGAAGUUGCAGAUCAAAUGCCCAAUGAUGGUAGGAAGAGAAAAAGGACCAAAAAAUCUGUAGAAUCCGCUGCUCUUUCCUCUAAACGCAAUCUGCUGAAUUCAAAAAAAAUAAAGACCCAUGAUGCCAGUACAAAUGGCAAUUUGGCAUUCAAUGAUAAUUGUUCAUCUCUGCAGCAAGAACAUAACAUCAUCGCAUGUGUGAAUGAAGGCUUGCAAAAUAAUCAGAGGAAAUGUCAUAUUGUUGCUGAUAGAUUUCCUUCCAGUAAAUUGCCCUCUCCUGGAGCAGGAAAUGCUUGUGCUUCAUUGCUCUCUUUUGAGAAAUUGAUCGAGGGGGGCUGCUUGAAGUUGCUCGAUUUGGACAAUGAUGCUGAUGAGGAGAAGUACAGAAAGGCAAUGGAGAAACCUAUUUCACCAGAUUUGCCCAUUGUAACUAAAGGGUCUAUAUCUCGCCAUUCGGGUAAUGGCAAUGAUUUUGAAUAUGAUAGAGUUUGUCCUGCAUUGGAAGUUGAAGAAUCUGCAAAUGUGUCGGCUACAGCCUCUUUGAACUGCCUCCCACAUGGGAAUGAAGCCCCAUAUGCUGUAUCUUCCCUUGCUGUAGAGUCGGACAAUACCAUCAGACCACUGUUCUCAGGGAGUAGCUGCGGAGGUCAUACAAAUGCCAUCUUGCAUUUGCAUAAGGGGGCACCUGAUAAAAACAGGCCAGUUCAAAUUUGUGAUGGAUCAUCAGAUGCUGGACUGCGAAGAUAUGCUGGGACAAGUAAAGCACAAACAGCUGAGGUUAUCAAUUUGACCUCAGAUAGUGUGACUGGUCAUUGUCAUGCAGCCGAAAAUAACACUUUAUACUUUGUUGGAGUUGUUAGUUUGAAAAGAAGUAGCAUAGUAAAGAUAUUUCACUAUUGGGAGGCCCUUAUUUCUGAAGGUAGUAAACUUGGUCAGGAUGCUUUGGUUGAUGGUCUGUUACUUGAAAGAGUGUCAACUGAACCAUCGCUACUUCCCGAAGAGAGGGUUCCCCUCAUUUUUUCCAUGUUGUUAUGGGAUGUUCAUAGAUCUGCCUCAGAUCAUGUUGUUGAUCGAUACUUUGCUUCGUCAGCUUUCUCCACUACUGUGAAACCUUACAUGGAAGCAAGAUUGGUCUUUCUAAAACGUGAUCAGCUGGAUGUUCUUGUCUCCUUAAUUGAGGAUUUUCUCGUGAACAAAGAAGUUAUGGUUUGUGAUAAACUGGGAGAUGGGAAUGCUGUCGCAAACAAGUAUCACCUAGAUAAUGAAACUGGCAUACAAGUAUCCACUAAACCUGCAACUAUAGAUCAAUUUACCUCUGCUUGCAUCCUAUUGGCUUCAGUAUGUCUUAAAGAGGAGAGAGUGGAUGUUGUUUUAGAGGUUUCAUACAAAGUUCUUCAGAUGGGUAAACGAAAUCUUUCUUGGACUAUGUUGGCUCUGCAUGUUUUUGGUUCCAUAUGUGGUGAUAAGCUGUUCUUUAUGAAGAGUUGCAACCUUCUCAUGACAACUAUACGAUUGGUUGUCCUGAUUCUCGAGAGCAAAGACACUUCCUUGUGCCUUGUGUCAUCUUAUAUUCAAUCCAAUAGAUCAACAGCCUUCCCAUCUUGUACACAUUGCCUUUUUAAUAAGGAUACAGUGUCCAUAGAUGUUUUUAUCUCUUCUCUGCUCGAUGAGCUGAAUUUAUGCUCUGUGUUAUGGAACAAUCAUGCCAACACAAAUGAAACUAUUACAAAGCACAGUUCUCAUUUGGGAUCUAGUGGGCUGGAGAUCAAUUGUGGUGAAACUUGCAAUAUCUCCAAGCAAGCAAAAUUUGCUGAGGAUAUCAACUAUUCUGCAGGGAGGGACCUGUGCUAUUUCACUGAGAUAAUAUCUUUGCUUGAGCUGUUUGGGAGCUACAUGAGCUGCGAGUGGACAUACAACAAUGUUGUUGUUCGUCUUCUGAAGAUCCUGGAAUCAUGCACAUCUGAGGAGUAUUCAGCUGCUAUCUUGGUACUUGUCAGCCAACUUGGAAGGUUCUUCAUUGGUGAUGUUGGUUAUGAGACGAAAUCAGUUAUUGAACUGAGGAACAAAUUGUCAGUGCUAAUAGGAACAGAUUUUACAAGAUCAAGGAGCAUACUUGUUCAGUUUUCUGCUGUUAGUGCAUUGCUCAGCCUCCUGCCAUUGACAUUUGACAAAGUAAUUAUCAGACAGCCUUCAGCAUUAUCUGGUCCGUCGAGCGAGAUUUCUGAAUGGUUUGCUCAGUUAAGCAAGGAGAAUCAAUCUUUUGCUCGUUCCUUUUUUACCUGAGCCAUUCGUGCUAUCUGCUUGGCCACUAUGUUGAAAGUUUGUUUCUGGCUUGGCCUUUCCAUGGGCUGGGAAAGACUGAAAGAGUGCCCUUUUGGGUUGUUCACCACUGGUAAUUCAUGAUCUCACAGGAUGACAUUAGAUUAAUCCCUUGCCCAGAGAGCUAAUGGAAGAGGAUGUUUUGUUCUCGGUUUUGAAUAAGCGGAACUUUUCUGCAGACCAUGAUAUGUUUCUAAGGAGGCCUAGACCCAGCUUCCUUUGGGGGGCUUUUGAGAUUCAAGUGCAGCCCAUCACAUGCUGAGGUUUGACCAAACUGCAUUUCAUGCACAUAUAUGGGUAUAACAAGAUCACCAGAAAGAUGUGUCUACAUGAAACUGUUUGCGUAUGCCUGAGAUCAUAGAAUGAGGUACUUCCAAAUUUUGUAGAGAUGAUCCGGUAUAGCUCAGCAUCCCAUAUUUUCAAGAUUGCGGAGAAGGUCUGCGGUGUAUGCCCUAAUCAGAAGACGCUGCAUGAUCACAAUCCACAGAUGGGUGGAAUGUGAAAUUAAAUUUGUUAUAAAGCAGCUCAAAUCUUGACACUGGCUAACAACAGUGAGGUACUUCAGCUCUGAGAUUGCUGAGUGCGUCUGUGGCAGUGAUUCUUUUCCAUGGAGGUGAUAAUUUUUUAUGAUAUCACCUUCAUGUGAGUUUUUUUUUUAACUUGUGGACCGUAGAUGUACGGUGCCAAAGUGCAAGGUCUUUUGCCCUUUGCGGGAGUACUUUGGCAUCAGCUUUUCAAAAUUGAGUCUAGCAGCUCCGAAAGCUAGUUUUGUGCUGCCAGAUCUGAAGUUCAGUACUCCAAUUCAUAAGGCUGUAUUUGUACUUCAGUACUCUUAUCAUUUCCGUACGAGUAAAAGAUGCGAACCUUGCAUGUUUCUGCUUUGUUACUGUUUUUAUAAAAAGAAAAAGAAAAGGUGUGUUCCCUC